GGCCCACGAUCUACUCAUUGGGUAUUGAUUCAUUGACUGACUUGAAGCAGUUGCAUCCCUCCGUCUUUAGACCCCAAUAGCUCUACGCACCUAAGCAUGUCUCGAUAAUCUACAGACCAGUCAGAGUUGCCCCGAACCGAAUGUCACCAGUAAUUAGUAUCCCGCCAGCAAUCAACCAACUCGGGUGGACGCUCCCAAUCCGGGCCCGGCACGGCGCUUGGCACUUUGACUGCUUCUCCUGCGGCCUCUGCCAAUCGAACGAGGCCGUGGGCUGCACUUCACAUGCACGUGGACAACCCGAGCCCAUGCUGCCCAGCCACCCUAGCCCGACCCAGAACUUGGGGUAUGGAUUAUCUCUUGGACGGAAACGGUCGGUCAGAGAACCAACUCUUUCUCCCUGGCGCUCACAGUAACACAGUGCUUUCUUCUUGGAGAGAUUCCACAAGGACGAUCGACCUUGACACGUGUACGGAAUGGCGUUGGCCUGAUAUCCGGUCCUCUUUUUGGAACAUCAACUUACGAAAGUGAGG